UAGGACGGAGACGUAUAUGGUAGUUCGUGAUGGAGAGCCGUUCGGACAGCAUAAAGGAUCCGAUUUAUUAUCCUUCCAUACAGGAAGCGACAGGUUCGGAAGGAAGCGUCGGUGUCGGUGCAGCAACAACGGAAAUCGACACGGCCACCGCGACCGAGAGGAGUAGAAGCUCUGCCGGUAGCCAGGAUCUUGGGUUGGAGGACAACGCGUUAAAAGUGCCGCGCAAAUUUAUCGUCAAUUGGCGGCAAGCCUGCGAUCGUACGCGCGACAAAACUAAAGACUUGUUGAAGAGAUGGCGAACAGUUUCGAGCAACGUAGACGAUAUCGUAAACGUUCCAGUUACCGCCGCGGAUAAGGAACUGGAACAUCCUGGCUGGAGCGUACACGUUUGGACUACGUGGGUGAGUCGAUAUCCGAGCGAUGAAAAUUUAGUCGCUGUAGAACUUGAUCAGGGAGGAAAACUGGAAGAUUUGUCGGCCGUUCAACGCGACAAGUUCUCGCACUUUUUCACUAUUUUGGACCACGAUAAAGAUGGUUUCAUCGAUCGGAAAGAUUUUAGAAUGUUUUCGGAGCGCUUGAGGAGAUUCGCGGACUGGUCUUGGAACGGUCCCGAGUAUCUUCGUUUGAUGGAAGCCGAGCAGGGUUUGGCGGAUUUGAUUCUUCAUGGAAAUAAAUGCGACAAGGGUCGAGAAAGGAUCAGUUUAGAGGAAUGGAUGCGGUGGUGGGCCUGCAUCGUGGCACCGCCAGGAGGAGCGACUUACAACGACAUUCCCUUCUGGUUGAAAAUAUUGCCUGAAACGUUGUUCCUCGCCAUCAACAACUCCGCGAACGGAAUAAUUUCGAGAAAAGAACUCGGAUCGUUCUACGGAUCGGUCGUCGGCAUAGACUCCAAGAAGAUCUCCGAGUGCCUAGAUAUCGCCUAUAACUCUUUGACAUCGAACGGGGACCAUCCACUCGGUUGGAGACAGUAUCGAUUCGUGUUCGCGAACUUCUUGUUCGGCCGGGGCCCGUACGGGCCUGGAGAACAUUUCCUCUGCAUGACAGACUCCUGCAUCGCUCGAGGGAACAACGUUCCAUUCCCCAUCGAUUACUCUGCUAUGAACACGCCGAGAGAGAAGCUGGAGGUGUACAGCCCUCACUGCAGAACUAGUCGACGUAGCGUGGUAGUUUGAUACGAAUGAGGUGCAGGUGGAGGAAAGACGAAACGAUAGAUGCGGACAGACAUACUAUAUUUCACGUAAAAACAUAUCUACACGACGUUGCACGUUCGAAGAGCACGUUCAGUGCUGUUCUCAGUUCUGUCACUUUAUUUCCUGGAGUAGAUCCACGAAUUUCUACGUGUACACGUUAUAUACAUGCAUACACGCACAUAUACGUACACGUAGAAGAACGUUGUACGCGUAUUCUAAAUGUUGUUCCGAUCGCAAUUGUUAAAUAAAAAUUAAGAUAACGCGUA